AGCAAGGCUGAAGGGAAAGAGAAGCCCGCCAAGAAGAAGCCUGCCGCUGCCGCUUCCAAGGCGAAGAAGCCGGCCGCCAAGAAGCCCGCCAGCGCGGCCAAGAAGGGGAUGAAGAAGGCGGUGGGAGCCUCCGCGGCCAAGAAGAGCGUCAAGAAAGUGGCCAAGAAGCCCGCCGCGGCAAAGAAGGCAGCGGCGGCGAAGAAACCUAAAGCGGCCGCCAAGGCCAAGAAGCCAGCGGCCAAAAGCCCCGCCAAGGCGAAGGCGGCCAAAGCCAAGCCCAAGACCCCCAAGGCCAAGACGGCGAAGCCCAAGAAGGCCGCCCCCAAGAAGAAGUAGAGGGAGGAAGGGCGACUCUGCUUCCGACUCUGGUCCUUUAAACCCCCAAAAGGCUCUUUUAAGAGCCACCCACAACUUCCGAGAAAGUGCUGAUAUUUCACUAAAGACAUGAGAUGAGAGGCUUUA